AUGGAAAACACGAAUGGGCACGCGGAGGAGAAAGUCUCGGAGCUUGACGGCGCUGCGCCAGACAGCACAGACUCGGCAUUGUAUUUCUGCACCUACGCAUACCUUUUCCAUCAGAAAGACAUGCUGGAGGACCACAAACGCACAGGCGCCUACUACCAGGCGGUCAUGCAGAAUCGGCGGCAGUUCGAGGGCAAGGUGGUGCUGGACGUGGGCACAGGCUCAGGCAUCCUGGCCAUCUUUGCUGCCAAAGCCGGCGCGCGCAAAGUCUAUGCAGUCGAGGCCACCAGCAUGGCCAAAUUUGCGCGCACACUCGUGGAUCACCACGGGCUGGGCGGCGUGGUGGAGGUGAUCCAGGGGACGAUAGAGACGGUGAGCCUGCCGGAGAAGGUGGACGUGAUCAUCUCGGAGUGGAUGGGCUACUUCCUGCUGCGCGAGUCCAUGCUCGACUCGGUUCUGGUCGCGCGCAACCGCUUCCUCAAGCCGGGCGGCGCCAUGUACCCAUCCCACGCGCGCCUCUACCUCGCUCCAAUCCGCUCCAACAAUGCCCACCAGCGCCUGGCCGAAUUCCAGAAUGCGCUCGAGGGCUGGGGGGAGUUCAGCCGGGAGAUGCGCCAGUUCUACGGCGUGGACAUGAGCUGCCUGGACGACCGGUACAAGCGCGAGCAGAAGGAGUACUACCUGGAAACCAGUGCGUGGGCCGACGUGCACCCCUCCCAGAUGCUGGGCCCCCCCGCCACCCUCAAGGAGUACGACCUGCUCACCAUCACGCUCGAGGAGCUCGCGCAGCCACUCAGGGAAAAGUUCCGCAUGGAUGUUCUGGACGGAGGGCCAGUGGAGAGCCUGGUGGGCUACUUUGACGUGCAGUUCCGGGGCUCCCCAGAGAACCCAACAGACUUCCAGGUUCUGCUUUCCACAGCACCAGACCCGACAGGGGCGACGCACUGGGGCCAGCAGACGUUCUCUCUGCACCCGGCCAUUGACUGCGCGCCAGGGGACGCUGUUGAGGGCACCAUCACUGUUGUCAGGAAGAAGGAGAACCACCGCCUGAUGGAGGUUUGUGUGGAGCACAAGGUCUCAGGCACCAGCCUGGUGGCCCAGGCAUCCCCAGACAGAGUCAGCCACUACCACAUCGAGUGAUGCCCCUGAAGGAAGAUUAGUCAAAAUAGGAUUAGAGACCUGACUGUGGUCUCAUGCUUUUGUGUGCCUGUGCGAUGGCUGUUAUGUGUCGAGUGGCGGCAGACUGAGAGCACGCUGCCUGUGAGCACUUGUGCUCUGCUGCUUGGAAGGUUUCCCUUUCCACAUUUUCAUUCUUGGGAAGUUUGUUAAUCUCAGAAAGGCUGAUUCUUUGCAUUGCCGAUUUGACUGCGUGACUGUUGUGCCAUUACCUUUGUAUGAAGUUUUCAUUGCUUUAACACACCAAUCAAGUUGGCUGAUUGGGAGUCUUUGUUGGCUGUAAAAAGUACCCUUGCAGGC